AGUAUCGAACAGUGCAAAGACGCUCGCUGAGCCAAUUUGCCUUUAGACUGGCAAUUCACACAGAAAUAGGGUCAGUCCGGAGCUGUAUAUCAUAGCAUGUGAAAAUGGCUAUCUUCGGUGUCGCCGGUGUUUUCACCUACGCCUUACUGGCGUUUGAUGCUUGAAUCGGAACGCCGUCGUGUACCCAUAAGAUCAUGGGAUCCCACGAUGGCUCCCGAGCUGUAGGUGUCUGCAACUGACCUUUCAUUCCAUGCCCAAUUCCGAUCGAUUAUCAUAAUACCCCGAACAGCUAAUUGCCCGACAAACAGCAAUUCGGCAGAGCUACCAUAUACACAACCCACCUACCAGGCCUGAGCUGCAAGGAGCCACGGGAGCUAAGCUGCCCCUCACCGCACAGAGCUGCUUUGAGACUCAGACUGACGUCAACGACCCUUUGUGCUGCGGCAUCCUCCGAUUCCUCCGCCGAUUCGAACGGCCGAGCCUUCCCCUCAUAAGUCACAGAACGGGUGUUCGAUGACGCGGUGCAAUUCAGGCACCCUGCGUCUCUGGCGUCCACGGGGUCCUCUUACAUCAUGGCUUCAGACGGGCCAUAUAGGAAAGGUAUCCCAGGUCAGGAGCUCUCCUUUUUACACAAAACACCACCCUAAACCUUCAAAGUCAACACACUACCCACUUCACACCGUGACCACUCCUACUACUACUACUACAACCGCACUCCUACCUACCAGAUCAUAUUACAGCACCGCCAUCAUGUCCUCAGGAUUCUCCAACACAUCGGGCGUCAAGCACCCCGACCCCUACAAGGAGGCCAACCUCGACACCCAGGUCUCCACUCAAACUAAGCUCGACGACCUCAGCAAGUUCAUGGAUGCCUCCAAGUUCUGCAUGAUGACCACGGUCAACCCCAAGACCCAUCAAUUGGUCUCCAGAUGCAUGGCCCUGGCUGGUCAAGAAAACGGCGGACUCGACCUCCUCUUCCACACCAAUACCGAGUCAGGCAAGACCGACGACCUCGCCGCCGACACGCACAUCAACGUUGGCUUCCUCAACAACUCUGGCGAAUGGGCUUCCGUCAGUGGAACCACCGAAGUCAUCACUGAUCGGGAGCUCGUAAAGAAGCACUACAAGCCUCAUCUGAAGGCCUGGGUUGGCGACUUGGGCGAUGGCGUCCACGAUGGCUCUGCCAAUGACCCCAGAAUCGGCAUCAUCCGCGUCAAGAUGGCUACAGCUCACUAUGCCAUCUCGCACAAGAACAUUGCCGGCAGAUUGACCGAGGUGGCCAAGGGUGUGGUGACUGGCGAUACGGCCGUGGUGAACAAGCUGCGCGAGAUUAGCGAAGAGGAGGUUUCCAAGCUCAGACUGACUCACUAGAAGGGUUCCGGGGGCGGAAAGAAGCAUCUCAAAAUCUCAAGACAUUAAACAGGCGUCAUACGGGGAGCUAGCAAAGCUUGAGCAUAGCCAAAAUUGAUUUUGUUUUCUUCUUUUGAAGCAUUCUCAA